AUAAAUUGCCAUACCUGAUUGACAGUAAACACAAACUUCUAUAAUCAUUGGUUAACACAUGCUUUUAAAUGCACAGGAGAUAUUUGGUCAGAUUUCAAAGCCAAAGACUGAAUGAUCUUUGAUCUUGUUAAACACUUUUCCCAAAGCAACUCUUCACAGAGAAAAAAGGCCUUCUGCAAUAUGAAUAACGGUAGGCCACCUACUGGCAGACCGACUGGAGGUAGGCUCUUGUCCCGGCGAGAGAGAAGAUCCUCCAUCCCUGAGAUGAAGGUCUUAAGUGACAAAAAGUUCAGUCACAUGGUAGUGAUGCAAGAAUCUGCUGGGCGCUCACAUGUGGCUGGCCUGGAAGAGCCCACCAGGUACCCCCUGUUGCCAACGCACAGACGGCCUGGACCAAUGCUGACCAAUGCUGUUCCACGGAAGACCAAUGCAGCUGUCCACUGCUGCAAACUGCCCCCACUUCCCCAUACCCUCAACUUCCUCAGCCCUGAAUAUCCUGCGACUCACGCUGAUGAGAACAUCAAGAUGGUGUCUGCUGUUACAAACAACUACAAAAUGGGGGUUGCUUCUGAUGGACAUCCCCAAAAGGUGUUUCCCCUUCUUGUGGAAGAAUCCAACAUGGCAGCAUCCUCUCUGAAGAAUAUCAAGAAGAAAGAUGUCCCUCCGGUAAAAGGGUCCCAGAAGGCGGUCCAGCAGUCCACCACUGAGCUGAAUAACAAUGACAAGAAAGCCGAUGCAGCUGUCCACUGCUGCAAGCUGCCCCAUCUCCAAACACUGUCUCCCCUGCUUGUGGAAGAAUCCAUUAAGACAGCCUCCACUGUGAGCAGCAGGGAGGUGACUCCUCUGAAAGACCUCAAGAAGAAAGAUGUCCCUCUGGUAAAAGGGUCCCAAAAGGCAGUCCAGCAGUCCAUUGAGCUGAUUAACAACGAGAAGGAAGCUCAGACCAAUAAGACUCCAUUCCCACCUGCCUCAAGCCAGGAUGUCGGCACCAGGAAGCCCCAGCCUCCCUCCAAACUGCCGGUUAGAAAAACAAUUGGUCAACGCACACUGAACAAGAAAAUGGCUGAAGUUGCCGCCAAUGCACUAAAGGUUCUAAAUGUAGAGGUCAUUGCUGAUGUCUCUGCUGAUGGCAAGACUCCAGAUGCAAAGAUUGCUGAGGAUCUUGGCAUUGUGGCUACUUGUGAGAAGAAGAAAGACCUCAAGAAGAAAGAUGUCCCUCAGGUAAAAGAGUCCCAGAAGGCAGUCGAGCCGUCCACUGAGCUGAUUAACAACGAGAAGGAAGCUCAGACCAAAAAGACUGUAUUCCCACCUGCCUCAAACCAGGAUGUCGGCACCAGGAAGCCCCAGCCUCCCUCCAAAAUACCAGUUAGAAAGACCAUUGGUCAACACACACUGACCAAGAAAAUGGUUGAAGCGGCUACAUGCAGUUUUGGUGACUCGGUGGCUACCAGGAUGGUACCCAGAGCCACAUCCCGCAGCAAGUCCGGAGGAUAUCUGGGAGCGCAGAAGGGCAGGAAAGCACAGCGAGAGGCCCCUUCUCCUGCAACGCAGUAGGUUCAAGGCAAAGCUGCCGGGCAGCAGGCGGGUGUCCCAGUCCCCCACUCUGCUGCUCAUCACAGAGGUGGACGAGUGCUCACCCUCAAACUCUAAGGCCUCAUCACCUGCCGAAACAGAGAGUAGCCCUUCUGCCACCAUUCAGCCACGCCCUCCAGCUGGACCCUGCCCACCAAGACGGCCAAAUAACAGGCUGACCCAACCGAGGAGCCAGUCCACGUUUGGAUUUAGAGCGUAUGAGGACGAGACUGAGGAGGAUGAACAGGACAGGCAGAUGCUGGAGGCAAUGCUCUCACCAUGGUUUAGGAGCAAGAGCCGUGGAUCUUGAAAGGAUCAGCCACAUAUUCUCAGUGCAUUUACAAUAAAGUGUUUAACACACACCCAAAACAUAUUACAAGCUGUUGU